AUGUCGAAGACAGUGAUUGACCUGACCGCAGGGACUGCAGGAGGAAUCGCGCAGGUGCUCGUUGGGCAGCCAUUUGAUAUCGUCAAAGUGCGAAUGCAAACGGCUCCAAAAGGAACUUACAGCGGAAUGCUGCACUGCGCGGGAGGUAUUCUGAAGAACGAAGGUCCUUUGGCUUUUUAUAAGGGCACCUUGACGCCUCUGUUAGGCAUCGGUGUCUGCGUCUCGAUCCAGUUCGGCGCCCUGGAGUCGUCAAAACGCUUUUUCGCUAAGAGAAAUAUCGAGAGAGGCAUAGGCGGUCCUGAUGGGUUGUCAUUAAGUAGCGGGCAACUAUUCGCAGCCGGUGUGGCUGCGGGAGUUGCCAACGGUGUUGUAUCAGGCCCUGUAGAACAUAUUCGUAUACGUUUGCAAACGCAAUCCGCGACCAAUCCUGCAUUCGCAGGACCCUGGGACGCAAUAAAAAAGAUCUACUCGUCAUAUGGUAUUGCAGGGAUCUACAAGGGCCAAGCUGUCACACUCUGGCGUGAAUCUGUUGGCUACGGCAUCUAUUUCCUGGCAUACGAGAAGCUCAUGCAACAUGAAAUGGCUAGUAAAGGUAUCCGGCGCGACCAGGUGAAUCCUGCGCGCACUGUCCUUUUCGGUGCCGCGGCAGGGUAUGCGCUUUGGGCGGUGAUAUACCCCAUAGACAUGAUAAAAUCACGUAUGCAGACCGACGGCUUCUCUCCCGCGGACGGCCAAAAAUACAAGUCGACCUUGGAUUGCGUGCGUACCGUAUGGCGAACAGAGGGUAUCGGUGCGUUCACUCGCGGUCUUGGACCUACUUUGAUUCGAUCGCCCUUUGCCAACGGGGCGACAUUCUUAGGCUUCGAGAUGGCCAUGAGGUUCCUCAAACCAUCAAAUUGA